AUGAACUUAAGGAGCUGGGUUGUGUUCUGGUUAUUGCUGCUCUUUGAAAUAGAAAUAAAGCGUGCACCUGUGUGUGCUGUGGAAACAGCAGCUGGCGUUCCUGGAAGCCAAAACUUCCCGAAUCCCUCACUGCACUCAGAGCUAGCGGACUUGGUGGAAAACAGUGAAUAUGAAAUUGUCUCAGCUUAUGAAGUACACCCAAAUGGAGAAUAUAUGACACGUGAAAUUAUGCACCAUCAAAGGAGAAAGAGAUCACCUUCUCAUCUAGGAAUCGAUUCUCUUCACCUUCGGCUCCAUGGAUUUGGACAUGACUUUCACAUGGAUCUUAAAACUUCUGAUGGUCUAAUAGCUCCUGGAUUUAUGGUACAAAUGUUAGGAAAGAAAGGUACUAAAUCAGUACACACUUUCCCACCAGAGGAAUUCUGCUUUUAUCAAGGCUCCUUACGAUCCCACCAGAACUCAUCUGUAGCACUUUCAACAUGUAAAGGUUUGUCAGGUCUGAUAAGAACCCAGGAAGCAGAUUACUUCUUAAAACCACUUCCUUUGCACCUAGCCCUUAAAUUGAACUAUUCAGCACCUGGUGGACAUCAUUCCCAUGUACUUUACAAGAGAUCCAUAGGGGCCCAGCCUCACAGUGAUAAUGAAAUCAUGAUGAUUGAGAGGAAAAGAGAUCUGGAAAAACACCGCAGAUUAUAUCAAGAAAACCAGCAUCUACACCAUGGAUUUAACCUCAAUCACCCACAAAAGCAGCAUUUCUGCGGAAGGCGCAAGAAAUAUAUGCCAAAGCCUCCCAAAGAUCUUUUCAUCUUACCUGAUGAAUAUAAGUAUCCAUUGAGGAACAAACGUUCUCUUCUGAAAACCCACAAAAAUAAUGAACUGAAUGUGGAAACUCUAGUGGUAGUUGACAAAAAGAUGAUGCAAAACCAUGGUCAUGAAAAUAUUACAACAUACGUCUUGACUAUACUCAAUAUGGUGUCUGCUUUGUUCAAAGAUGGAACAAUAGGUGGUAACAUCAACAUUGCUGUUGUGGGUUUGAUUCUUCUAGAAGAGGAGCAGCCAGGACUUGUGAUCAAUCACCACGCUGACCAUACCUUAAGUAGUUUCUGCCAGUGGCAAUCUGGACUGAUAGGAAAAGAUGGAACCCGCCAUGAUCAUGCAAUCUUGCUUACUGGCCUGGAUAUAUGUUCCUGGAAGAAUGAGCCAUGUGAUACCUUGGGAUUUGCACCCAUAAGUGGAAUGUGUAGUAAAUAUCGCAGCUGUACCGUUAAUGAAGACACAGGUCUUGGCCUAGCUUUUACCAUUGCGCAUGAGUCUGGACACAACUUUGGAAUGGUCCAUGAUGGAGAAGGAAACAUGUGCAAGAAAUCUGAGGGUAACAUCAUGUCUCCUACAUUGGCAGGACACAAUGGAGUCUUUUCCUGGUCAGCUUGCAGUCGCCAGUAUCUGUACAAAUUUUUAAGCACUGCUCAAGCCAUAUGCCUUGCCGAUCAGCCUAAGCCUGUGAAUGAAUACAAGUAUCCUGAAAAGCUGCCUGGAGAGUUGUAUGAUGCCAACACACAAUGCAAGUGGCAAUUCGGAGAGAAGGCCAAGCUUUGCAUGUUGGACUUCAAAAAGGAUAUAUGUAAAGCUCUGUGGUGCCAUCGAAUUGGAAGAAAAUGUGAAACAAAAUUUAUGCCAGCUGCUGAAGGGACUAUUUGUGGUCAUGAUAUGUGGUGCCGUGGUGGUCAAUGUGUGAAAUAUGGUGAUGAGGGUCCCAAACCAACCCAUGGACAUUGGUCAGAUUGGUCUAGUUGGUCUCCUUGUUCUAGGACAUGUGGAGGAGGAAUAUCUCACAGAGAUCGCCACUGUACUAAUCCAAGACCAUCACAUGGAGGAAAAUUUUGUGAGGGUUCCACUCGGACACUGAAACUUUGUAACAGUCAGAGCUGUCCCCAGAAUAGCAUUGACUUUAGGACCAUCCAGUGUGCUGAGUACAACAGCAAGCAAUUUCGAGGAUGGUACUACAAGUGGAAGCCUUACACUCAAGUAGAAGAUCAGGACUUAUGCAAACUCUACUGUAUUGCAGAAGGAUUUGAUUUCUUCUUUUCUCUAUCAAAUAAAGUCAAAGAUGGAACACCAUGCUCAGAGGACACUCGUAAUGUGUGUAUAGAUGGGAUAUGCGAGACAGUUGGCUGUGACCAUGUCCUUGGUUCUAGUGCCACAGAAGAUUCUUGUGGAGUGUGCAAAGGAAAUAAUUCGAGUUGCAGACUUUACAAGGGUCAUUAUGCCAAACACCACUACACAAACCAGUACUAUCAGAUUGUCACCAUUCCUGCUGGUGCCCGGAGUAUUCACAUAUAUGAAAUGAAUGUAUCUACCUCCUAUAUUGCUGUGCGUAAUGCCCUCAAAAGAUACUACCUGAAUGGUUACUGGACAGUGGACUGGCCUGGCCGAUACAAGUUUUCUGGGACUGCCUUUGACUACAGACGGUCAUAUAAUCAACCAGAGUCUUUAAUGUCUCCUGGACCAACCAAUGAAACGUUAGUAGUAGAGCUUCUAUUUCAAGGUCGGAACCCAGGAAUUGGCUGGGAAUAUUCUAUCCCUAAGUUGGAAAAUGAGAGGAAACCUGGGUCAAAACACAACUAUACAUGGGCCAUCAUCCGUUCUGAAUGUUCAGCUACUUGUGGUGAAGGACAGAUGACCACAAAAGAAGGCUGUUACCGAGACAUGAGACUUCAAGUAAACACAUCCUUUUGCAAUCCAAGGACUCGACCAGUUACAGGGAUCAUACCUUGUAAAAUGCCAGCCUGUCCUCCCAGGUGGUCAGUGGGGAACUGGAGCACCUGCAGCCUGACCUGUGGCAUAGGAGAACAGUCUAGACUGGUUCAGUGUAUGCAGCAGAUUCACUCUAAAUCAGAGGCCGUCUCUGCCACUCUUUGCCCUCAGCCAAUCCCUCCCAGCAGACAGAUCUGCAACACUCAGAGCUGCCCACCUGCCUGGAGUGCAGGGCCCUGGUCAGAGUGUUCAAGAACGUGUGGGAAAGGAUGGAAAAAGAGAUCUGUGACCUGUAAAAGCACCAACCCAUCUGCCCGGGCUCAGAUUCUGCCUGAUGCUGUCUGUUUCACAGAAAUGAAACCCCAAACUCAAGAAGCCUGUUUGCUUAAACGCUGCCAUAAACACAAGAAAUUACAAUGGCUUGUGUCAGCAUGGUCAGAGUGUUCUGUAACUUGUGAAAGAGGGAUACAGAAAAGGUUCUUAAAAUGUGCAGAAAAAUAUGUUUCUGGAAAAUACAGAGAACUGGCUUCAAAGAAAUGCUUACAUUUACCAAAGCCAAACCUGGACUUGGAAAGAGAAUGUGCCCUGUUUUCAUGUCCCAAGCAACUGGUAUACUCUGCAGCGAGGCAUGCUAUGGGCACUUGGUACUCAUCCCCCUGGUCUCAGUGCACAGCAACUUGUGGAGGUGGAGUUCAAACACGUUCAGUCCAGUGCCUAGCAGGUGGCCGGCCAGCUACAGGAUGCUUUCCACAGCAGAAACCUAUCAGCUCCCUAGCCUGCAAUACCCACUUCUGCCCUAUACCAGAAAAGAAAGAUACCUUCUGCAAAGAUUAUUUCAACUGGUGCUACUUGGUGCCCCAGCACGGAAUGUGCAACCACAAGUUUUACGGCAAGCAAUGCUGCAGGUCUUGUUCGAAAUCAAAUUUGUAA